AUGGCGGCUUUGUAAGUUUUCAGUGAAAAAUUUGAGAUUUUCAAUGAAAUAUCACCGUUUUCAGCGAAAUUCCCGAGCUUCCAGCGGGUAGAAUUCUCGAAGUUCGACUAAUUUCCAAUUGGGGAGAUCCGACUUUCAUUGGUUUGAAUGCGAUUGAGAUAUUUUGUGAGGACGGCGAGCGAGCGAAGGUCGAAAAGGUCGGAAUUUCUGAAAUUUUUCAAAAAAAAAUAGCUGGAGCAGCAAGUGCGCUCCAGUGAAUACCGCGAAAAACAAACAGUUUAAAAAAAAAUGUAUUUUUAAUACUAUUUUUUGUGGGUUUGGAUUCAGAUUUUUCGUGGGAAAAUACACGUGUUUUGCAAUAUUGAGAAAAAGGCGGAGCUUAAAAUUUUCAGUCGAAAUAUUCAAAAUUUCCAGAUUUUCUCAAAUGCCACUGAUAUCACUGGACAUAUUGAAAGUCUCCUCGUCGAAUCCUUGACUUGUAAAGAUGUUGAAAAAAUGUGGACAGCAAAUAUGAUUUCGCAUAACAAAGAAGAAAAUAAGGAACCGAUAAAAGUGACGAUGGAAAUGGAAAAUGUCAAAAAUAUUGCGAUGAUUCGGUUUUGGGUGAGAUUUUCGAAUUUUCAUUAAUUUCUCUCAAAACUACACAAAAAGUGGAGCGAGUUUUGAUUUUUCUCAUAAUCUGGAAGUUCUUAAUGAAAAUUUCCCACGCAUUUUUUCAUAUAUUUUUUUAAUUUCCCUUUUUUAAAUUUACCUUUUUUCAGAAUUACAAUGCUUCCCGUGUUCGCGCUCAAAUUGGUGUUCGUCAAUUGGAAAUGUUUUUGGAUGAGAAAUUGAUUUUUCAAGGCGAAAUCGAUUGUGCAUUUUCGAGUGAUUCAGAAUUUGAGCCGCAAAUGGGAGAUGUGAGUUUAUUCGGCAUGUAAAUCUCACGUUGGUUUUCUGGUUUCUCAAAAAUUGAUCACUGCCACGUGGAUUUUAUCCACCAUUUUUGAAGUUUCGAAGAUCCAAUUUUCAGACAGUCCUCUUCACAACAUCUGACCAAAUUCUCGAAAAAAUCGCGCUGAAUGAUAUCUGCCUAAUUCCCUCGAAUAUCUUCCCACAUAAUUCACCUUCUCUUCAAAAUUUGACACUAAAUUCAACAAAUAAAUUACUCGAACUCACACCGUAUCGACCAACAACUUGUGAAACUUCUACUGAAAAAUCAACUGAGAAAUCUGAAGAAAACCCUGCUGAAAAUGUGAAUUUUGAAGAAAAUAUGGAUAAUGAAAAGGAGAAAAAUGUGAAAGUGAUUCAUAUCGAAUUGACUGCAAAUUGGGGAAUGAGAGGAUUAAUUGGAUUGACGGGAAUUGAAAUUGUUGAUAAAAAUAAUCGAAUUGUGAAUGAGAAUUUGAUUAGUACGACAGUUUCGAUUGGAGAAGAUCAACAAAAUGUUCGAAGGUAAGAAGAUGUUGAGACAAAAAUUGGGGAAAAAUAAAUGCUUGUGUUUAAAAAUCGGUAAAAAAAGAUACUGUUGCCACGGGAAAUUCCAAAUUUUCUGAAAAUUUGCAAAAAAAAAAAACAUUUUUGUGAGCCAAGUAGUGACACCUGUAUUCUCGAACUUUUCAAAACAAAUUUACAAAUUUCAGAUUAUUCAAUGGUCGAAAUCUUACCCGAAAUCAAGAAGAUAUGUGGCUAUGUGAAUUCCCCGAAAAAUCCCCACAAAAAGUUACAAUUUCGCUGAAUUUCCUAAAAGCAAUAAGCCUUCGAGCAAUUUCAAUUUGGAAUUAUAACGGAUCAUUUGAAAUGUCAUAUGCUGGCGCAAAAGUUGCCAAUAUUUUUAUCAAUGGAAAACUUAUGAUGAGCAAUGUUUUAUUGAGAAAAGCAACCGGUUUUGUGUAUUUUGAUUAUGUUCAGGAUAUUAUUGUAGAUGGAAAUUUUGGGGCAAAUAUUGCCAGACCGUUGACACAUACUAUUGGAGGAUGUAAGAGAAUAUUUGGGAAAUUUAAAGCUAGAAAAUUGAAAUAUUAUAAUUUCCAAAAAUCUUUAAUUUUCAAUUCUGGAUAAAACAUAUAUUACCAAUUACUUCGAAAUCUCAAUGGCCUCUCCUAAAUCCACUUUUUUCAGUUGUUUUCCAAGUUCGAUUAUUAUCAACUUGGGGUGAUGAAUUUUAUGUUGGAUUAAAUGGAAUCGAAUUGUAUAAUCGAAAAGGAGAAUUGAUGAUGAUUAGGGAACACAGUCAGUUUAUUAUAAUAUAAUACUUCUGCAAAUUCUCAUUGUUUUUUUCUAGAUCUUGCUGCAUUUCCGGAAAGUAUCAACAUUUUGCCGCAGGUUAAAAACGAUAUGCGAACAUCGGAUAAUUUGGUGAACGGGAAAAAUGAUACGACUGAGUUAGUAUUUUUGGCAUUUUGUGCCACGUGGAUACUGUAUUCUAAAAAAACCACAUGAUUUUACUGGGACCAAAAGUUCCUGAUGAGAAAUUUUCAGAUGACAAUUAUUCAGAUUAUUUUUAGUUCUAGAAAUUUAUCACGUGGAUAUUUUGCUCCGCCUAAAAUACUCGUAAAAACCAGCCCGAAAAUACAAAUUAUUUCCAGCCCUCGAAAUAUGUGGCUAACAGCAGUUUUGCCAAAUAGCUGCGCUCGCGUCUUUUUCGUCUUCGACACUCCAACUUAUAUUUCAAAAAUGACCAUUUUCAACUAUCGAAAAACACCGGAACGUGGUGUUCGCCACUUGUCGAUUUCUGUCGAUGAUUUGAUUGUUUUUUCGGGCGAAGUUCCGAUUUCCACCGCAGAUUUUACUGGGAAAUUGGAUAUCGAUUUACAGGAAUCUUGA